GGCACUGGUUCGGCUCGGCUCAGUUCAGCCGGCCGUGGCCCCAAGAAAGCCCAUCUGGUGGAUCUCGUUGUUCACGACUGAAGGCAUUGUUCGCCCUCUUCAGCCUCUGUUCGUCGAACGCAAACGCCUCUUUCUAUCGCAGAGUUGAAGCCUUCCCCAGACCUUCGAGACCGCAGUGCUCCUGGGAGGAGGCUGGAUUUGGGCGGCUUGCACACUUGUUUUGCCGUGUCCGAGGUCCACGGCAGGACCCGGAACCGCGUGGCUGGCUGCUGUCCUGGACGACGAGGCGAGGAGCACCGACGACGAGCAGACGAAUCCACCCACAGAGCGAUGGGCACAUCCAAGAGGAAGGCUGCGAAGCCCCCGCCGCAACUGCGCUCCCGCACAACGAGGAGCAGAGGCAAGCCCCUAAACCUCUCUGAUCCUGCAGAGAAUAGCCAGCUGCUCAAUGAGCAGCUGCGCGCCAUGGGGCUCUAUGCUGCCCCGACCCUCGGCGACGGGAACUGCCUUUUCCGCGCGCUCUCCGACCAGCUUUACGGCACUCCUGCGUACCACCUCAGACUGCGGCAGGAAAUCUGCGACUGGAUAGAAUCUCACAAGCAACGCUACGAGCCCUUUGUCGAUGACGAACGGGGUCUCGACGUCCAUCUACAAUGCAUGCGACAACCAGCGACGUACGGCGGGCACCUCGAACUAUCCGCCUUCGCACACAUGAAGCGCCGUGACGUCAAAGUCAUCCAGCCCGGGCUCGUCUACGUUAUCGAGUGGGCCGCGGGUGCCGACGCCGACGACGACGACGCAGACAACGCCCCCUCGACAUCGUCCGCACCGUCCGCGCCUACUACAGCGGUCGAGUCAUCGGGCAACGAGCGCGAGAAACGGCGCGCGGCGCGCGACCGCAAGCGCGCAGAGAAGGAGCGCGAGAAGCUCCCGCCGCCGCCCGAGCCGUCAGAAGAGGACGACCCUCCUGGUCCAGUCUACGUUGCAUAUCAUGAUUGGGAGCACUUCUCAUCAAUACGGAACCUGCGAGGUCCAGCCACGGGCCUGCCUAAUGUCGUCGAGAUGCCAGCACCCGAUGAAUCGAGGCCUCCUUCUCCGGUGCCAGCCAAGAAGAAACCAGUGUCGAAGGUCAAGACAAAGCCAGAGCCAAAGGCGAAGCCCGAAUCGAAGGCCAAACCUGAGUCGAAAGCGAAGGGUAGAGUAGCUGCACUCGCCGAAGCCGGCGCUUCGGAACCACAAACACCAUCGCAGAUCCCGCUGCCCUCAUCCCGCUCCGUAUCACCGAUCCCUUCUGCAGCAACGCUGCCGUCAGACGCGAACGAGGCCGUCUCAUACCGCUCGCCCAAGCGGACGUUCGACGAGUCGUCUGCGUCGUCGCAGGGCCAUUCCGACUCGCAGAGCGCGUCCAAGCGGCAGAAGAGCUCCUCGCGGCCGUCGUCAAAGACUCCUCGGGACAGUGAGCCUCCACUGCCGGGCAGUGCCCCGCACGGCAUGGACAUGCUCGUCGACGACGCGGACAUCGACACGCCCGAACUGUCGGCGUCGGGUUCGUCGUCUGCAUCCGAGAGCUCCCUUUCCUCUUGCUCGUCGCCGGCACCCUCACCGCCCCCCGUCGUGGUGCCGCCCUCUCCAGUCCAGCCGCGCCUCACACGCCGGCAGCGCAAGGCUCUCGGUCUGCCGAAGCCGCGCUCGGCGCUCGUGGCCAGCGCGACGGCGAAGACGAGGGGCGCGGGGAAGAUCGUCAUUCCGGGCGGGAAGUCGAAGAAGUUCAAACCUGUGGUGCAGGACACGGGCGCCGGCGAGGACGAGGAGGACGUGGACGUGGAUGCGAGCGCGGAGUGGAGGCAGAACGGCACGGGCCGCGUGGACGUGCGGGGGUUCCGCGAGCUGAAGAUUUAGCGGCGCGCGCGCU